UCAAACUUUAUCGUCGUUUUGUUGUGCGUAAUUUGAAGUUGAAAAACGUGGAGCGGGAGUUUUGCUAGCUACGGUUUUCAAAAAUUGUUGGAUUUUACUUGAUUUUACAGAGUUUAAACGUUUUUUUUUUAAUUAUUUCUGAUAUAAAUUAAUGUAAAAUGAAUCCGGAAGAAGAAUCUUCUACAAGGGUUACCAGAGGUGCCCUUCGAAGACGAUCAAUCGAUCAGGAUACUACUGCCAACACGGGUACACCGAAAGCUAGCACCAGCAAAAAAAUUGCACCCUUGGAUCCAAUUCAGGAGACUGGAUCAAUCCAAAAGGCGAGCAGUGAAAUUGGCUCACCGGUUGCUGUCCAGAAGCCUGCACGAGGCGUUAAAAAAGAAACCACCUCGGUUUCUGAAACAAAAACGGGACGCCAUCAACGAACGGCUUCGAUUUCGGAAGACACUUUGAACAAUUCUCAAGAUGUUCGUCGGACUCCUAGGAGACGUCCUUCCCAGGACGUAACUGUUACGCCGCAGACGGCGCCUACUGCAACCAGACGGAUGACGCGCAGAAAUAGCGUAACGUCGGAAGAUGGCUCACUAAGUUCUUUGCCUGUCACUACUCCUAAGGCUACCAAAUCUCGUCUAAGUGUUGCACCGCCCACAAUUACGGAAGAUGAUGAAAAAGAGGAAGAAAAGAGCAACUCUUCAAUCGCGGAAACUGAUCUUAGCGAUUUAGACGUGCGCAAGUUGCGUAACCGAUCUAUCUCGGCCUCUCCAGUGGCUGGUAAAAAUACCACCAUUGAUUCUUCUAAACCCGAGGAUACUGAAUCAAAUGAAACGGAACAGAAUAGCUCCAACCAACUUAACGAUUCUACGGGAAAUGCUCAAGAUGUGGUAAUUGUUCUUGAUAGUUCUAAAGCUUCGCAAAACCUAUCAUCCAUUUCCACAAACCUUGAUCCAAAUGUAUCGGAGCCUUCAAAGGACAGUAAAUGUUCACCGAAAAAAACUCCUACCAAGCACGAAUUUCAACCUACUACCGAGGAAUUCAACAAAUCUUCAAAAAUCGAGCAACCAAGUCUUCCAGGAUCAACAAAAAAGAGCAGCCCAAGUUUACUGAAAAAAACUCCGACUAAGUCUGUCGCAAGAGAUCCACAAACACCUUCCGGCGAAUUUGGCAAUUCACCGAAAGCUGAAACUCCGCAAAAAGUUUCUCAAAGUCCUAGUAAGAACCAACUGCAGCGGAGUGUAAAAUUCGACGAAACUGGCACACCGCCGCGACAGAAUCAAAGUUCCUACCCAAAGACUCCGGUUUCAAUCACUAGUGGAUCGAAGUGCCCAAAACUUAAUGAAGAUUCUGUUGACCCACAUCUGUCAGAUGGAUUUGAAAUCAACGAAACUUUUAGUGAUUCUCCAAAAGCAGUCGAUGCCGCUCCAGUGAAUGUUACAAAAACUACAGAAGCUGCUAUCACACCUGAAGAAACAUCUAGAAGUCAGAGCAUUCAAAGUGAGACCAAUGACACAAGUUUUGAUCAAUCUUUAGCGAAUGUGGUCGAAGACGUCAAGCAAAAUCUGAAUAAAGCGGAUAUUUCAAUAUCGUUGUUGGGAACACCGAAAGCAGCUAUACGAUCGGAAAACCCCAAAUCCCAUUUUUGUCACAUUCGUACAGAUUUUUCCAGCACGCCGAUCGCAACGUCCGAGAAGAAAAAGCCAAAAGAUGAUUGUUCAGAGACCCAUAACGUGAACGUGAAACAUUCCUGGAGCCCAUCCAUCAAGGGCAGCAACGAAAAGGGAAUCGAUGUUUUCAGCGUACGGAAACAGGAAGAAGAGAAACUUGAAGCCGCCAAAAGUGAAAAAUUAAACGAAUCGUUACAAAAAUCUUUGCAGAAUAAGUCACCUAAAAAAAUGUUAGCUGUUUCGGAAGACGAAGACGAAGAUGGGGAUGAAGAAGUGCAAGCGUCCGAACUACUGGAACGGGCUUCUUCUGAACAAAACAGUUUCAUUGAUGACGAAGCUAUGGAGGUUGAUGACUAUCAAUCGGGUGAUUCAAUGGAUUCCGAGACUCGUCGAGAGAUGGAAGAAAAUGAAAUUGAAGAUCAUGGGGAAACAAUUGGCAGUGAAGACAGCGAGGAUCAGGAGGAAGAGAGUAACGAUGAGGAUUCUUUUGUUGUAUCCGAUAAUGAAUCGGAAAGUCUUUUGGAAGGUACCGGCGAUGAUUUGGAAUCUGAAGAAGAACAAAUAAAUCCCAAACAAAAAAAGAGAAAGCGAAUCCUUUCAGAGCAAGAUUCUAGUGCCCAGGAAGAUAAUGAUGAAACUAAAUCAGAGAAAAGUUCUCUACAGGCUCCAACAACGCCAGAGAAGUCUCCAUUGUCUCCAUUGAAAAAGUCUUCUUCGUCAAAAUCUUCCAAAUAUGAGUCUCCAACCUCAUACACAACCAAAAAUGCCACCGAUAAAACACGUAAAUCUCUACCGGCAACCUGUUCAACAGGCAUAGAUUCUCUGAUGGUUCAGGAUAAGAACUGUAAACGAAACACGAUUAAUGCUCUGGAACAAUCGCCUAACCGUGGAAUAACGGAAAAAACUCAGGACAUUAUAAGUUCACCUGCCACAAAACCUAAAAAACAACAACUGAUUGGAGAUAGAUUUCCAAUAAAAGUUUUGAACGAAUUCCAAAAUGCUUCUAAGUCCCCAAGUCAUGAUUCCGUUGAUCCAAAUGACGGUGACAACUCACCCAUUCGAUUUCGCAAGUCGCUACCUACGCCCGCCCUGAUUGGAUCAGAUUUCUACUCAUCAUCAGCUAACAAAAAAUCUAAACGACACACUAUAAAUAUAUCAGGCGCAACUGAUCCCGAAAUCGAACAAAUUGAUGUACAGGUUACGCAAAUUCAGUCGAUUGGAAUGGUUACUAACCCAGCAGCGUUAGUUUCCGCAAAGAAAAAAGAAUCAUCGGUUCGUACCGCAGACGCCUCAUCACCUCAACAAUCAUCGACCGAAAAGUUGAAAAAGGACACAACUAUAUUUCCAACGAAGCAAACACCAAACAUGCUCGGAAAAGAUUCAAAUGAAAAAGUUUUGCAAACAUCCGUUGCGGAUAGUAGCGUGAAAGGUCAGGUUAAGAAAAAUAUUCUGCCAAAAAAAAUAACUCCAAAAGAUGUCAACGAGUUCGACCACGAAGCUAUCCUGAAUCGAUGCAACGAGAUAGUUCGUGCUGAUAAAGCUAGGAAAAAAUCAACAGCAACUUUGCGGCAGCAGAAAAAGGAUGAAAAACGUCGAAUUAAAGACACGGAAAGUGGUGAAAAUGCUGAUGAAACAUUAGAAGAACAGCUCAAGAAAAAAAAGAAGAAGAAGAAGCAAAUUAACUACAUGCUUGAAGAGCUUGGCGAAACAAAAAAAGAACAGCUAGCAAGAGCCCUGAAACGCAAGCAGGCUUUAUUAGAAGCUAAGAGGGAACGCAAGAAGGCUAAGAAAGCCGCCAAACUAGCUCAGCAACUGAACAAGGAAAAUGAUAACGAUUCGCAGGCUGCUGGAAUAGGGGCCAAAUUCGACAUUAAGGGCAAGAAAAAGAAAAAGUCUUUAGUUGAAGAGCUGUUUGGAGAUAGUAAUGUAGAAAACGUUGCAGAACCCUUAGUAAAACAAAAUAUUUCUGCAUUUGCAGCUUACAAAACGCAAAUAGAUGAAUUGAAUGCAAAACAAUCGUUGGGCAAGAAAAAGGGCAAAACACUGAAAGAUAAAAUACCAGAUCAAUCUGAGCCGGAAAAGAAGAUAAACCCACGCGUAUCUUCAAGUAAAAUAAACAAAAAAAGAAACGUAGUAAAACAGCCGGAGUCGAAUCCGAAAAACGUUGAAAUACCAAUGUCCAAGAAAUCUGAAGUUCAAACUAAUGAACAUGUACUCGUUGAUCCUAAACAAAAAAUUGUACUACUACACCAAGAAAAUAGCACCCCUGUCUAUCCUACAACUUCGUUUGAUCAGCAGUUGAAAAACUUGAAACAAUGCUUAAGUGAACCGAUCGUGAAAGUGGUCAAAAAGCAGAAAAUGUCACACGGAAAUUCGACAGCCGUAACAACUGAUGUGGAAGUAACACCACCACGAAAGCAGAGCGGAAAAUUAAAAGCCUUGAUGAAAUUGGAGUCCGGCUUUGUCGAAGAACCAGUUACGCCUGACCCCGUGCGAUUGAAGCGAAACAACGGAUUCCGAGAGGAACCAGUAACUCCGCGGCCUAUCGGAUUUAAAGUUUCUAAUGUCCUACCAGAUCAAGCUCCAGAGCGAGAAAAGAAGCAUGUACAAAACGAGAAAAAAGAUUAUUCCAAGCGAAUUCGAUCAGAAGAAAUUGUAGAACCAGCUCGAGGGCUUCCACUACCGGUUUGGACACGAUCCGGUUCGUUCGAGGUAGAGGAUUUGGUUCAGAAGACUAAAAAACCGAAAAAGAGUCAAGUAGAUAACGAUUACAUAAAGUUACAAUCGGAUGACAAACGUGCUAGCAAUUUCUUGGUCAAAUCAUUGGAGGAAAAAAGUGGCAAGCACAAGAAAAAGGCUCACCAAAUAAAUACUGCAGACAUCGAAGAGGAAGUGCUUAAUUUCAAGAAAAAAGCCAUAUUCGGUAACAAGAAUGCUCCUUUGCGAGAGAAAAAGCCGAAGUGUUGAUUAUUUCGGAAAUUUGUGUUUAUUGUGUUUAUAAUCUUGUUCUUAAUAAAACUCUAAUUUAC